AUGGCCGGCAUCAAGGCGAAUCUCAUGAGGAACAACCUGUGGCAGAGCAUACUCAAGAACUCGUUGGCCACCACAAUCACCCUCAUUAUCGGCAUCAUCCCAGCGAUUGUGGCUGUUUAUGGCCAUCUCACAUAUCUGGGCGCCAUGGUGUCGGUCUUCGCCCCGCCGGGACAGAGGUUUGGACAAAUGGCUGAAGCUCUCAUACUUGUCCUGGUGGGCGCCAUGUCUGGGGUCGCUUGGGGCAUGCUGGGCCUCUUCUUGUCGGAACUGGUGCUCGAAAGCAACAUAUCGGCCGCGUAUGGCAUACGAGCAGUCUUCUUCGCCCUCGCGGUGCUGGGACACGGGAUCCUCCGGGCGUCCACUCCCCGACUUUUCCUGGCCGUCUUCUGGCUGCUACUAAUGAGUCUUGUGAUUCUUACCAGCAGCUCAAUGGGCGUGUCCCUGGCGAUCCUGACCGAGCUGGCUUAUCCCAUCCUCACUGCCACAGCAGUGAUUGUCCUGGUCAACAUACUUAUCUACCCUUCUUUCUCAAAUGGUCUUCUAGGGCAUUCCACAAUCAAUAUGCUGCACGAGACCCUGAAAAGCUUGGCCGACGCGAACGAGUGGUUUUUUUCGAGUCUCGUUGGCCUAGACAGCAAGGAGAAACAGGUACAGGUUGUCAGCGAUCUGCGGACCAGGCUCGCAUUAUUAUCCGAACGCAAGACAAAACUCAAGGCCCAGCUGGCAGCUUCUCAAAAGCAACAAGCUGAGUGUAACUUCGAACUCGCUUACACAUUUCUACCGCCAAGGUCACUCAAACCAAUCAACGGCGCGCUGAUGACGCGCUUUGUCAAAGCCACGAUUGCUUUAAUCGGCGCGUGUGAAAGCAAGUACUCCAUGAUUGGAGAGCAGUAUAUGGAGAAUGACGACAGAAGUGAUGCGCCAUCCGAAGCAAUAUCUGAUGACGACUCCGACUCAGAUGCAGACUCGGAGACAUCGUCCUCCGAUAUCGAUAUCGAUAGCGACAGCUCGGAUGAUGAGAAAAGUGUGAAACAAGGUGUCCGGAAGUCCAAGCAUGUUCGGAAAAUCGAGUUGGUCAGGCCAGUGCGAGAGGUCGAAGGCGGUGACAUCACCCUGCUUGAGCACCUGAUAUUCCAGGUUCGGGCGCCGAUUCUGGCUCUGCAGGCCGAGAUGGAACAGGCCGUGCAAGUGGUAACAUCAGUGCUGGCUUUCUGCUUUGAUGUCUCAACGCUUCCACCAAGUCAUGUCAAACCUUAUGGGAUCAUUGCAGCGGAACUCGACGUGCGGACGGAAAUAUUUGUGCGUGCACUGGCACAAUUCGACCAAGAGUCUGCUACAGCACUCAGUCAAGCAGCAACCACGGUGUACAAGAAAGAAUACAAGGGGGAUGUCAUGCCGAGAAUGGAAACACAUCUGGUUUCCUCGCUUCUGAUCAAUCAGCGGCAAGCCGGUUCUCAGCUGCUCAGUAUCUUGCAACACGGCAGAGCCCUAGUUGAUGCUAGAACCGCAUGCCACAACCGUAGGCGGUUCUACUUACCAAGAAUAAGUUGGAGAAAAUGGCUACGAACGGGCGGCGAGAGAGAUGUGAAUGUCCUCCCUGAGAAUGCCAGAAAGGAGGCCAGAGCUGGACAUGGAGUCCUUGAAGACAGGCGGAAUUCCGUCGGUGAAGAUGGACACUCGCAAUCCAGCAACGAAGACCUCUUGGAUUCGCACGAGGACGAAGAGGCAUGCAACAUACGGCCAGUACCCACAGUCUCGACGGAAGUCGGCACGAUUCCCAGGCGCAAAGGGCCACAGAAAGCCGAUUCCAGCACCAUCCCGUGGCUUCGCGGCAUUGCCGCUGAUGUCAUCGAGUUUAUUGCGGAUUCCGAUUCUUUGUCCUUUGCUCUCAAAUUGAGCGUUGCAGCUUUUUCCGUCACUUGGCCGGCUUUCGUGCCGUCAUUGAAUGCCUGGUACUCAUCUGUCCGAGGAAGCUGGGCCACGUUGCAGCUGAUUCUGGUCUUCGAGGUUUCGGUAGGCACUUCAUUCCAGGGCUUUUUUCUGCGCGCUGUUGGCACUAUAGUUGGUUGUACCAUUGGCUAUCUGGCAUACUGCAUAGGCGGUGGCAACGAGGUAGUUGCGAUUGUCGUGCUCGUCAUCGGACUCGUCCCAUCGUCGUAUGUACAGGUUGCAACGCCGUAUGUCAAGACUGGAGUCAUCUCCAUCACAAGUCUGGCUGUCAUUUGCUUAUCCAUUAUCGCCGGAGGCUUUUCAGACCCACCCUGGGAGAUAUACGUCAAAAGGAUGGCAUGUUUUCUGGUCGGCGGCACUGCUGCACUGUUCGUGGAGCUCUUUUUAUUCCCAGCACGAGCUCGCGAUCGUCUAGUGGAGUCUCUUGCGUCCUGCAUCCAGCAAAUAUCGCAGAUGGAGAACUCUAUCGCCGUGGGAAUCGACUCUCCCAUUAAUAUCGACGUGCGAAACCAUGCGCAUAAUACCAAUUUCUCCGAUGCAAAGGGCAAGGCUGAUCAGGCGCUCGCGGCUGCCCGGACGUUUCUGCCGUUCUGUUUGACUGAGCCACGGCUCAAAGGCAGCUUUACGGGACAAACGAUCAUAUAUGGCGAGAUGAUCUAUGUUCUGUCGCAGAUCAUAGACCGCAUGGACAAUAUGCUCUCCCUACGUCAAGCGUUUGGCAGCGGCGUCCUGGAAGAGCUGAACAAAGACGUGGCCUCUUAUCGGCGGAAUGUGGCCGGGAGCAUUAGUAUCGCUCUAUUCGCUGUACACGAGGCGCUCACCACCAGACUUCCACUUCCGCAAUUCCUGCCUUCCAGCAGGAACGCGCAGCUUCGAUACAUUAGUCGUGUCAGAGAGCUCCUCCUACAGCGUUCUUCCGAAGGCCUGGAGAGCAAGAACCCCACUCGCCGCGGAUCUUUGGUAAUGCCAACGCAGGCUCUGAAGUCAGCUACCAAGCAGAACUUCAUCUCCUGGAACGCUGCAUCCGCCGGAAUGAUGGAAAUCAUCGAGUAUGUGGAAGAACUCAUUGAUCUGGCAAAGCUGCUCGUGGGGGUCAACGCCUUCCGAAGCGGCAUGCUAGAGCGCCCAAACUUUCACGAUUACAUUGCGAAGGGCGAUGCAACAAAGGGCGUCAAUAUCAGUGGUGUGCCGUCCAUGUCGGAGAUAUCUUUGCGAAUGAGCAGGACGCAUUCUGGUGGGCUUCACAAACGUCGAAGCUGGGCCAGCAAAGUGCGACCCGAACCAGAAUCUCGCGGGAAGACUCGGUCGAGAGGGUUCUCGCUGGGUUCGUACGGUGGACAUGGUGCGGCAGAUGGGCCAUAUCCUGACGACGAGGAACUUGACCUGCCGAUGAGUCUUCAGAGAGUCAAGACGAAGCGUAUGGAAGGACUAGAGCGGCUGAGAUCAGCUGGGACGCACGACCCCAAGGGCAAAGGCUUGAGGAGUACCAGAACGUGGGCAGCUUGA